AUGGCUCCUCAAGACCGUCUUUCCCAACUGUCGUCGCAGCUGAACUUUCCCGCUGGCCUGCUCGCCGGACAGGUUGCCAUCAUCACGGGCAGCGGGCAAGGCAUCGGGGCGGAAUGUGCUCGACUGUUCGCCAACGAAGGGGCACGCGUGGUGAUCUGCGACGUCGACAGUGAAAAGGCCAGCGCGACGGCCCAAAGCAUCAACCAGAUGGCGCCCGGCCGGGCCAUCAGCGUGCACGGCGACGUGCUCGACCCCAACUACAUUGACGAGGUGGUGCGCAAAGCGGCCGAGUUCGGCCACGGCAAGAUCCACAUCAUCGUCAACAACGCCGGCUACACGUGGGACGGGGUGAUCCACAAGAUGACCGACAAGCAGUGGAACACGAUGCUGGAGCUGCACGCCACGGCGCCGUUUCGGCUGGUGCGGGCGGCCGCGCCGUACUUCCGGGUCAAGGACGGCGAGAAGAGAUGCAUCGUCAACAUCAGCAGCACGUCCGGCACCCAUGGCAAUGCCGGCCAGAGCAACUACGCGCUGGCCAAGGCCGGCGUGACGGGCCUGACCAAGACGAUUGCGAAGGAGUGGGGGCCUCAAUUCGGCGUGCGCGCCAAUACCGUGGCGUUUGGCCUGAUCGAAACGAGGCUGACGCGCCCCAAGGAGGCCGGCGCCUUCGUCACCACCCCCGACGGUGAGAGGGUGGCCUUGGGCAUCCCAGCCAAACAGAUUGCAGAUCGGAAGGGCGGAGGAGACCAGGCUCAGGGUCCGGGGCCGGCGUACAAGGACAUUCCCCUGGGCAGGCCCGGCACCGCAACCGAGGCGGCGAGCAGUAUUCUGGCCGUCGUGAGUCCGUUGUUUAGCUAUGUCAAUGGCCAGACCAUUGAGGUGACGGGCGGCCGCUACAUCUAG